AUGCUUUUCGAUGGGCAGCAUGGCCUGCUGCAGCCAUACAAAAACUUGACCAUGUUUGAGAGAUGGGUCUUUUGGGUGAGAAUUCUAUCGAUGAUGUUUUGUAUAGCUUUUUCUAUAACCAUAGUGCUAGGACCAUUAACUUUGCCUGAUAGAUUAUACAUGUCUCGAUUAAAUACUUAUUCCAGUGAGAUUACUGAAGGUAUUUUCCGGGCGUUGAGUGAUGCAAUGGAGUCAGGCGCCUCCAGCACUGUUAACAAUGGUGUCGGUUUGACUAGCGCCGAGCUAUAUAUCUUAACUGCAUACAGUUCAGCCCAAGUGAGUAAUGUUCCACAAUAUAUUACAAUAUCUUUAUAUGGUACAUGCUACACGUAUUAUACCACAAUCGAUGACUCUGCCGACGGUCUAUACAGCUAUCAAGAUACAAAAACCACUGACUCACCAUCACAUUCUCAGCGGAACUCAACCGUUAUAUUGGAAUGUUUCAAGGAAGGUUUUGACUAUGUACUGGAUUACAGAGAAAUUUUAACCACAUUAGGUUUGGAUAUUGUACUAGAUUAUGCCUAUGGGGAAACCGAUAGUUCAGGGUCCAUGCGAACUAGUGCAUACGAAGGAUAUAUUCGAAUAAUGAAAUUGAAUAAGAAACAAUACUUGACCUUAUUUAUUGUGGUCAUUUUUUUUCAAAUUAUUGCAUUCGUAUUUACCUUCUGGUACUAUUCGAUCAAAGGAAGGUAUAUUAACACUGUACGGGAGAAGACUUUGUUACAUAUUAUAACGUUCCUUUCUUUUUGUGUGUUUGUGAUGGGUUUGGUGAGUCUUAUGGAUCUUGUAUGGCUGAAUUAUUCUUUUCAAAAGAAAAUUAAAGGUGAAUUGAUGUCAUUUGGGUUUGAAUAUAAGCUAGGUUUAUCAUAUUUUGUUUGCCUUUGGAUGGUUGUGUUUUUGAUUUCUAUUUCAUGUAUGGCCUGGUCUGGUUUAGAAUGGUGUGUUUCCGACAGUACAGUUGUGGAUGACGCAUUUCUAAGCGAAAAUGGGGUAGGAGCUGCCAUGAUAGAUAGCACCAACAAUAGAGCAUUAUUAGAUGAAGCUUCUCAGAGUGAUCUGGAAGAAAAUCGAAUGGAUGGGUUUGAUACUGAUGGUUACGAGGAUGAUAAAGAGGCUGAUUUCUUGAGAAGUAGUAAUUUAAAAGAGGCUUUCCAAAAUUCUAGACGAUUCGGUAAAAGAAUAUCUCAUAGACAAAAUAAUAAUCAUAAUGGAGAUGAAUCUGAUGGUGACAACGAUGAUCUUUCUGAUUUUGAUGAACUUCAUGAUUUUAAUACAUAUCGUGGUCGAUACCAUGCAGGACAUGAUUCGACUCAUUACCCUGGUGGAUAUUCUGGUGAUAUUGAUUUAGAUGAAGCCUACGAGAUGCAGAGUAUCACAUUAAGAUCAUCAACCGAUAGUGAUGCAAUGAGACAACAAACAAUUGUACCUUCUAGUACCAUGAUGUUUUAA